AUGUCAGACCGGGUCCAGCAUGGCCGCAUCGAGAAGUCUCCGGGCAAACCACGCCAGUAUGAUCGGUCCCUACAAAAGAAAGCGUUUGCACGACACAAGCAAGGGUAUAACUUCCGCCCUACGGAGGAGAACAGGCGUAGAGUUCCUGAGAAUAAAGAUCGAUACUUCUUCAACUUCAGCAAGUGGGAUGGCUCCUCGAUUAAAGACCUCGCCCAUGACUGGUCUGGAGAGAGCUUUCUGGCUGACUUCGUGCUUGGCGAGAAGUUCGAUCUGGAGGGUCGACCCGACCUCAUCACGGCUUUCCGCUCUUUAGAUAUUGACUUCUAUAACGACGACUCGGAUGUUGGACAGAAAGUACUAGAACGAGGGUUUACGCGAACCGUGAGAGGGGGCUCACACUUCUAUUCUAGCCGUCUCGCCGAAGUUUCUAGAGUACUGCUGUCUUGUGAUGAGACGAAGUAUGAUCAGUUCAUUCAUGUCACUCAUCCCCCGUCUGAGCAUUGGACUGUAACGAAGACUGCUUCAUUCGGAGGCGACGAAGAGACACCAGACGUAACCCUCGACACCGUGACAUUCGACAACACGAUUUUCAGUAAGCUCGAUGAUGCGGAGCGAGAAGAGUUGGCACGAUUCCCGGUGCAUAUCUCUUUCCACGGCAUGCCGAUUAGGUUAGAACGGCUCUUCAUCGACAAGCCAGACAAGAAAGCGACAUACUUGACUAUAGCGCCGCUAGGCUUCGACAGCAGCUCGACUAACCGACAUCCCCAUUAUCUCACAAUGCGUCUCAACGAAGAAGGCCAAGACGACGACUGGGCAGAGAAACUUCUCGGUAUACCUCAUCACUUCUUCGGGGUCUACGUCAACAGCGAAACGGAGGACCUUACUUGCGCCCACAUCAAGCCUAUACAAGCAAGUGAAAUUGAGGCUGGGUUCCGCUUUGAAGCGCAUGGUAACGUCGUGUAUUCUAUGGAUCUGAAAAGCGGCAUGUACCACUCGGGGGUCUAA